AAGAGAACGCUUAUAAAUUAAAUUAAUAUCUUCCCAUAUUUAUUUAUUUCCGCUGAAUGGUUAUUUAUAAACAUGAUCCUUUUGUUUGUUUAUGUGGCGAUCGCUAUGUGCCGCUGAGAAACGACUGUCGACGAAUCGUACCGGCAAAACGACGUAUACCCCAUCUCACAGCUCAGUGUGCGUAGCAGUUCCAGCUAUGGCAGAGGAAACAAUCUUUGAGUUCCUCCAUUCAGAGGUUAUUAAUUACGUUUUGGAGCAAAAUAUUGUUAAAAAUAAAGAUGCAAAGGAUGAGGAUUUAUCUAGCUUAGAAUAUAUUGGAUUCUCAACUGGCUACAAAAUAAUUGAAAGAUUAACUAAGGAAAUGCCAAGAUUUAAGGAUGAAUUGGAUACUAUGAAGUUCAUUUGCACAGAUUUUUGGACUGCAAUUUACAAGAAACAAAUUGACAAUUUAAGAACAAAUCACCAAGGUGUGUAUGUCCUACAUGACAAUGCAUUCCGCUUCCUAACAAGAAUAUCACAAGGGAAGCAAUAUUUGGAGUUGGCACCCCGUUAUGUGGCGUAUACGUGCGGAAUACUGCGAGGAGGUUUGGCUAAUUUAGGAGUGAACUGUUUUGUGACAGCUGAAGUACAAAGUAUGCCCUCUUGUAAAUUUCAUAUUCAGAUACAAAGAACAUAAAUCAGUAACAAUUAUUUAAAAUUCA